AGGGCCAUCCAGGAGGACAAGCAGAAGAAGCUCCAUCAAGAGCACAACCUCAAGGCAAAGGAGGAGGGAAAGAAGGAGCACCGGGAGCGAGAGGAACAGCUCCUGCAAGAGAAACUGUCUACGGCCGCGCAGAAGAGGCUGAAGAAGGAGGUGCAGCUGCAGAAGGAGAAGAAACUGCUCAACCAAGCAGAGAAGCUGAAGCAUGAGGCCUUGCUCAAGGAACUGGCCAAGCAAGAGGCGGAAGAGAAGGAAAUGUUGAAGGCCUCUCUGGAAAUGAGUUUGACCAAGGCUCAGGAGAACUAUGAACAACUAGUGGAGAAGAGGAACCAGGAGCUGAGGGAGAAGGCCAGGAGGGAGGACAUGCAGAUUCAAAGAGCCAAACUGGCAGCAGAGAAGAAGGAAAGGGAGCAGAAGAAGCACUUGGAGGCCCUGGCUAGAGAGACGGAGAGAAAGCUGCAGCAUGCUGCCCAGGUGGCUGAAGAGGCUGUCCAAGAAAAAGCCCGCAAGGUGGUCUUGAGCCGUCUGGAGAAGGAGAAGGUGCAGAAGAUGAACAAGCAGAAGGUAGAACAGUACGAGGACUUACGUCGCAGGGAGCUCCUCCUCUCUAUAGAGAGGAAGCUGGAGAGGAGCGAGCAGAUCUUCAAGGAGAAGAAGACUGUCUUAGAAAACGCCAGGUCUGUUGCUCGGGCGUCCUUCCAUGUCCGGGAAAAGGUGCGAGAGGAGACGAACAUGCGUACCUUUGACAAGAUGGCCUUGGAAGCAGAACUGCAUGCCCAUCUGAAUAAGAAAUGA